UUCAUAGUUUUGUUUUUGAAGCGCGAGGCGAAAGCUGACGAGCGGCACGGGUCGUCAUCAGAAGAUGAAGAAGAGGAAGAGAAGGGGAAGAAGGCAAGUAAUAAGAAGACUGGCAAGAAAGGUAGACCAAAGAAAGAGGCUAAAAGUGAUGUCACACAAAGUGCUGCUUCAAUUCGCCUAACGAAACUAAAGAAGAUGGUGACGUUAGCUGGGAUACGAAUUGUUUACAAGAAGUUAUUUGAAGACAUCGGAGACAGUGAUCGUAAACGCGUCAAAGCUCUCGAGAAGGAGUUAGAGAGGAGAGGGCUUACUCCGCCCUUCACUAUGGAGUCGUGUAAAGCCUUCAGGUUACAGAAGGAACAGGAGGCGGAAUUAGCGGAGCUGGCCAAAAAUCAAAUCAUUGAAAUUGGAGACAAUCCAAAACGUCGUGUGACUCGCGGUCAGCACUCGGCAGCAUUGGCAUCCAGACGUCGUCGCGGAAUCAUAUUCGAAGAAAGCUCAAAUGAAGACGAAGAAGAAAAGGAAGAACGAGAACACAUGAAAGAAGAAACUCAAAAUAUGUUCAAAAAUCUACGUGGAAUCGUUAGCGAUGAUGCAGAAUCGGAUUGA